AGAUACAAUGUCUUUAUUGGGUUAUUUGCUAUGAAAAGAGAUGAUAGAUGUGGAAAUACAUUUUAUAUGUUAGUUAUUAUCACCACCAUAUAAGAAUGACUACAGUAGGUCUAUGGGGCUGGAAAGUUGCCUGACAAAGUUAUUGUUGUGUAGGAAGUGAAGCCAAAAGCAACAUGUUCUCUAAGAAAGCCUUGAUAAUCUUUAAAAUGUGUGUGUACACACAUGGACACAUAUAAAUGUCUUCAGACAUUUCUAUACUUGUUUGCAUUGUGGUAUAAUUGACUUUCUAGGAAAAGAAAUGGUAUCACAGGAUUACAUUUUACAGUAGUCACAGGAUUAGGUAUUUGAAAGUGGAACUUGUAUUACUUCUCUGAAACAGCUUUUAUUAAGAAGAUUACAAAAUCUUACAGAAAGCUUUAACAGGUGCUUUCUGCCAUCCUUUGCCCCAGGGCAGUUUUCUCUUAAAAUGAGUGGGUUUUGUUCGUUUCUAUCUUCGGAGACUGACUUGUGUAAAACUACGGAGUGGUAGUGAUGGAGGAGAAGGGGGUUGUCUGAGGGAUGGGAAGGCUUGGUGAAGAAGUCAAUUGGAGGGACCCGCUGAUUUCAACCCUUCUGCCAGAUGUGUCCACACAGGGCUGUGCAGUAAAGUCCACUCUUCCGGUUCAUUUACAUAAGGUAACCCUUUUGCCAGUGCUGAAGAUCCUUCUCAAGAUUCUAUUUCUUAUGAGCUCUUAAUUAUUCAAAGGGAGGAUUAGCCAUGAAUGCCUUUACUUUUCACUCCUUCUACUAGCCAAGCUCAAGUUCUAAGAACUAAUGGCAACAGCCAAAGCAAAUACUUUGCGGCCCACACUUCAGUCUCAGCCUCACUCAGAGAUGGAAUUAUGUAGGCUUGUUUGCUUAACAAGUCAGAUAGGGGUGGGGGAGGGCAGGAGGGAGGUGACGAGGGAGGUCCCGCCCCCUUGGAAUGGGAUUGGUUCCCUCUCUCUUUUUACUCAUUCGUUUUGCAUCUCGGUUGGACAGGUUAAGAGAAACAUGUCAUUAAGGUGUUGUUAAAAUGAGCCUUGUAUGUGUGGGCCGUUCCCUGGGUUUGUGGUGGUAGACUUUCAAAGGGGCGGACUUAUUAUUGGCUAUGGGCUCCAGCUCGUGAAACUAGUCUCCAAUAUCCUGAAAAAUGCCAUCGUAACAGGAGGUCCCAAGAAGCUUAAGGGUAACUCACACACAGUGGAGAAAAUGACGAAAGUUCCUCAGGGGUUCGAUUUCAGUUUCUUAAAUGACGAAGAAGCCAGGAAGAUCCUUCAGGUCCUGGAAAGAAAUGAGAAGCUGCAGAGGGCAGAGAAGGACAGGAUCAGCAAACUUCAGAAGACAAAGAGGGAUAUCAGAUGGCUUCAAGGAGUGACUGGUGAAUGGUUUGAAGAAAUUCAAAGAAAAAAGUUUUGCAAUGAAACAGAUGUUAGCCAGAUGUUAAAACCACCACUCACAUAUAGGCUAACAAAGGAGAUGGCAAAAAAUGAAUUACAAACAUCAAGAUCUAAAAAUUUAACUAAUCAAAAAAAAACAUCUAUUGCUUCUCGGCUGAGCUUCAGAUCAUCAUUUGCCUCCCUGUUCUCAUUCAGAAAAUCAGGAAAGGAAACUUUAAAGCUGCAAUCACUGGAACAGAAAGGAUAUGACAGCCAUGCAGGACCUCUUGCAUCCAUGAGUGGAACUGCUGUGCAGGCAAAAAAAUACAAUUCACCUCCGGAAAAUCAACCAGUUGGUAGUGCAUUUGCCCCCAAGCCAGCAGGCAUGAGGGAAGGAAGUGGCAUGCCUUCUCCAUGGGAUUCUUCACUGCUGGAAAAUGAGUUUUUCCAAGUUUUAGAUGAUUUGGAUAGCAAACUGGCUCAGGAGCAAGCUGCAAGCUCAGUGAAUACCAGACCAUCCCACAACUAUGAAUCAAGAAUGCAGUUCAGUCAUGUUUACUCCAGUGGGAACAGGCAUAAUAGUAUCAUUGGAAGACACAAAAAUCGCUACAAUGAAACCUCAAAGAUGUCUAUCUAUGACAUCCUAAGGCCAGGAACUCCUAGGGAAGGUUUUAAAACCUUUUCUCCUAGGACAAGGACAAUUUAUGAUAUGUACAGGACAAGGGAGCCCCGAACCAUGAAAGAAGACUAUGUGCAAAAGAAUACUUUUGGUAGUACUUCUCUGUGUUUUGACGGCAGGCAACGAUCAGCCUCACCAGCCACAGGACAUUUCACAGCAAGAAGCUUACAUUUUCCAGCCACAACUCAGAAUAAGAGUGGGUUUGGACUACCAACCUAUCAACAGAGCCCAAAGAGAACUCCUUUAUCAUCUAUUAUAUGGAAUAGAUCAGAUUCUUCAAGAGAUAGGCAGAACCAAGAAGAGGUUUUGAGGGCACCCUCACCUAUGGAAAUUGACCCUGUUGACUGGUAUACAUAUCCCAAGGGUUUUCAAGAGAAUAGGAGACCUGAAUUAUACCAUUCACAGAAUAUUUAUCAGCCUGUUAGUUUAAAUUCUACCAGGAAUAAUGCGAUGAGUCCUGACAUAUUUGAGAACUCAGAAAAUAUGCCAUUCUACCAUCGAAACAACCUAUUUGCUAGGUCUUUCUUUAGCAAUACCUUUGGACGAAGCAGAGAACAGAGAUUUGAACAUAGUCCUUUUUGGGGCCAACAGAAAGAACAUUUUUCCUGGCCAGACUUUCAUCAAAGCAGAAAACCAUUCACUCCUGACAGAGACUUUGAAAUGAUUUCCGUUCAAGAAAACAGUGCAUCAGCUGUUCAUGGCUAUAGUGUUCCUUCUCAACAUUGGGGAUCAGUUUCUCCUGGUACAGAUUUUCCCACAGGCCCAGAAGAACCAUAUUCUUGGCAUUCUAAUUUUCAUACAUCUGCACAAGAGAACAUGGAGAUGUCACAAGGUAAUGGGAACCGAGUGACCCCUCAUUUCACUAUACCACUUGUUGGCUCCAUGACUAGUUCAAGCUAUCACAUCAAAUCUGGUGGGAUGGAAUAUCAACAUGACAGUUCUCCAGUAGAAAUACCUAUAAACAAAGAACCUUACUCGUUUGAAAUGGCUCAUACUCUAGCAUCCUCAUUCCAGACUUCCGUCCCCCAGAUUCCUGAUGACACAAGAAAUCCUCAUAGUCCAGACUUUCAGAUUCCCACAGUCAGUUUGCAGAAGUGUAUUCCAGAUAAGCCUGAUUCUCUUCCAAUAAGGAGCCACACAGAAGUCACGUCAACCAACAAUGAUUCAGUUGAUUCUCUGCUUCUUGCUGAAAGCCAGCCCGAUAUUUUGAUCACAAAUGUUAACCAUGAGAAAGACUCAAAUGAAUCUAUUUCAGAAGAAGAUAAACAACUAAGCAAGAUGGACCAGACAAGCAAAACAGGUGAAGUACUCCAACAUGUUUCACAGACAGUGAUGUCUAACCCUUUACCUGAUUUUCAAAAUCCCCUCUAUCAGGACACAGCCAGGAGCAAGAGGUUUGGCCUUAAUGAAUCUACCUCAGUGAGUUCAAAAAGGUCAUCCAGAGUGUUUUCAAGGAAAGAUAACUCCCAAAUGUACAUACCACACAGAGAUAAAGCCAGUGAACUUAAAAAAGAUAAGAAUUUUGCUGGGAACAGAAAACUUGGCUUAGCGAUUUCCCCUCCAUUCAUUCAAGAAAGCAGAACACCACCAUCUUUCCUCAGGCCAAAUCAAAGUUGUCACCAGGAAUUAACAGUAAGUAAUGAGAAUAUUUCAAGCAUUAUUAGAAAUAACCACUGGACUUCUGAAACUGUUGAUAAUAAAAAUGCACAGUCUCUAGAAAAGUCUGUUAUUUUAGAUACCAAGGGAGAACAAUGUACCACAGUUCACUCCACCAACUGUACCAAGUUGGCUGCCAGCCAGAUCUCAUGUGAUUCUUUUGAUCUGUCAUCAGGUGCACUAGAAGAAUCUUCACCAUCAAAUAAUUCUUUCCUUGAUACUCCUGUGAUUCCUUCUACUACUGCGCUCUUCAGGAGAAGUCAUUCAGAUGAAGAUCCACCUCUGGGAAAAGGAGAAACAGACAAUGUUAGUGAAAACCAAAAUAAUCAAUUUGCUGUAAGCCCCUCAGAAAACCUAAAAAGUAGUGACAGUGAUAUGCCUGUACAUGAUGAAACAGUUGAUACUGCCAAACACCAUUCAAACUCUCCUUUCAAGAAUGGAAGGAAGAAAGGAAAAGUAAGACGUCACAUAUCCUGUAUUGAAAAGUUAAGCAAAACAGAAAGUAGAUUAACACCUGCAAGUGAUAGCAACAGCCUCACUGAGGUAAAUCAAAGCAAUCCCAAAGCUUCUGGGCUUGAUUCAAGUUAUUGUACCUUGCCAAGAAAAUCAGCCAGUUUUCUCAUAAAUAGUAGACAGUCAGAAAAUAAGAUAUUGGGUGUUUCACUUCGGAAUGGGCCACUUCCAUUCCAAGUCACCGACCAUGUAGAAGACCCAGUAGGGAAGUACACAUCAAAAAAAUUCAGUCCCAGGUUUCCUGAGUCAGUGAGUGAACCUUCCAAAGUAAUUUCAGACUUGGUCCCAGGAGCAUCUGAAGCCACAGAAAGAAUGACAAAUACGAAAAUCACUGGAUCUGCCUCUGUUAGAAAAGGACCACUUCCAUUCCUCAUCAAGAGAACUGUAUCAUGUCCUGCAGGGGAGCCAUAUGCCUCAAAUGGAAAAGAUGAAAGAAAAAAAUCAUCAGUCUCAGACACAGAUGCCUCUGCUAUAACACCACAGCCUCAGGAGAAAAUUAUUAACUCCGUGGAAAGUGACUCAUCUGCUAGAGAUCAUUCUUUAACCAAAAGACACAACCAAAAGGUAUAUUCUCAAGAGUGUACUGAGAAGGAUGGUAAAACUGCUGCUUCCAGGACAGGCACAUUUUCCCUUUUGAAUGCAGACCCUUUACCUUUUUGCUCAGAUGUAUUAGGAAAAGAGAGUGGGAGAACAUUACAUAAAUUUAAAACUACUAGUAUGUUUUCUGUUUCUGGUGAUGAAGAUAAUGUAAAAUGUCUUGAAGUGGUUUCAGUAUAUUACACUCUACCAAGAAAACACAGCAAAAAAUUUUAUGACCUCCUUCAACAAUAUACACAAAAUACCAAUUCACUUAUAGAAUCACUUCAAGUAGAGACUGAAACAUUUCCUGAUGUUUUGGUAAAAGAUAAAUUGAGUUAUUCUAUGCAUGACCAGUCAAAAGCACCUUCAUCUGAAGAUCUAAAGAUGUCGAUCUAUUCUGCCCAAAAGAACAUUCAUUGUCUUUCUGACACUACUGAAAAUAUGACUGUCCUGCAAUUACCAAAUAGGGGAUCCUCAGAGCCUAUGUUCCAGGAAAUGGCUUCUGUUAAGACAGAUAUUUCUUUUCAGAGCGGAGACUCUAAAGCUGGAGAGAUUUUCUCAGAUGAUUUAUCUGGAACAUUUCUAGGUGAUUCAAAAAUCAGGAAAGAGAGAGAGAGAGAAUUGCAAAGUAGAACUGUGCAUAGUUCAUUAAUGCUUCCAAAAAAAUAUGUUACAGAAGAAAAAUCUGAAAAUUGCCAACAAUUCAUCAAUUCAGGUAACGGUGGCCCCUCUUUUCUCCCAGACCAUUCAGAAGAUAAUGUUGAAAACCCUCAAACUGGAAAGAGUUCUGAGGAGUAUGUAGAUAGUGACAUAACCAUUUUAUCUACUGGAAGUGGAAAGUGUCCUCAGAAAGAUAUCACAGCCAUAGCUGUAGAUGACAGCUCCAAGGGAUCACAACCGGGGCAAGUCAGAGGAGAAGUUGGAACAGAUUGCCAGAAAAUGACUGAUAAUCUACUUUCUGAUUCAGAAAGCCAGGCCUCUGCUCUUAUUCCAGCACUACAUAAACUACGACUUGUUGAGGAGACUUAUUCAGGUGACCCAGAUUUACGGAAUUUGCAGUCUGAACCUAGAGAAAUGCCACGAAGUUGUCAUGAUGUAAAUAUGACAGAGAGCAGGAAGGCUAAAAAUGAAAUGCAGAAGUCAUCAUGGGAUCAACCUUCAGUUCCUGAAGGAAAUAAUAAAAAUAAAACCAACUUCGAAGACCUAGGAAAAGGCAGAAACAGAUCUUCAGCCAAACACAGAUUAGCAGCUGUGUGUAAAGCAAACAGAAAAUUCUCAUCUAAAGAUUUAAGCCCCAGAAGACAUGUAGCUACUAUCUUCCCCCAAAGCAAGAGCAGAUCUGGUUUUGGAUCUUUAUCUCCUGGCAUGCUGGAGUGCAACUCACUGUCCUCUAAGCCUACGCCAAGGUUCACAGAAUCCACAGAUGGAAGCAGGUUGAGUAAUGAUGAGAUGAAUGUGAAAACAUCUGAGAACUCUCUCCAAGCUACAGUAAUAUCCAACAGAGAAAUGUCUACACACCCCAGUGAUCAGAAACCUGACAGAAUUUCACAACUACAUCAGAAUGAUUUUAAACAUGUCUCAGAAUUGCCACCAACACAUGAGAAUUCUAAAGAUGCUCAGAUUUUGGAAAAAGGGUCAGGAGCCCCAGCCCAGUUCACAUUCUCUAGCCUCAGGGUAGAAGGCUUCUCUGACUAUCAGGAGAGGCUAAGUCCUCCUUUUGCAGUGGAGCUUGCACAGCAAUCUACAAUAAACAUCCCACUGGCCAGUUGUCAGAAGCAACAAGAGAGUGCCUCAUCUCUGGAGUGGGAACCUGAGCCACAACUCCAUCGUUCAAGGAGUUUAAAAAGCAUCAAUGUGCAUGGUAAUGUGCUACGCAAAAGUCAUCCUCCCAAAGUCAGGGAGCGCCAUUAUUCUGAAAGUACUUCCAUUGACAAUGCCCUGAGUCAAAUGACCCUUGGGGAUGAAUUCUCUAUUAACAAUGGGUACAGUCGAAGAUUCAAAUCUUUUUCUGAACUUCCCUCCUCUGAUGAAAAUGAAAAUUGGACUCUGUAUAGCAGCAGGACAAAAACGGGUCCCAAGUCUACUACAUCCAUAUCCAGACCUAUUGACUAUGGGAUUUUUGGGAAAGAGCAACAGUUGGCUUUCUUGGAAAAUGUAAAGAGGUCACUUACACAAGGAAGAUUAUGGAAACCAAGUUUUCUUAAGAACCCUGGCUUCCUGAAGGAUGAUGUAAUUAACCCUCCCAACCCAUCAGAGUCAUUGAGUUCAAAUUCCCCUAGCAGUCAGUUGCCAUCAGAUGGUUUAUCUCCAAGUGAACCACUUAAUAUCUAUGAGGAGGACCCUGUGGACUCAGACUGUGACACAGACACAACCACAGAUGAUGAAUACUACCUAGAUGAAAAUGACAAAGAGUCAGAACUGUGAGAUUUUUUCAAUAAAAUGCAAAACUUUUUCACUCAGAG